AAACUGCCGUUUAAACCGAAAAGAUCCCGAAUCACUCCCUUCCAGCUUGACAGAACCAGUACUCGACCCCAGGGUUUAAAAAAAAAUUCUCUCUCUCUCUCUCUCAAUAGUUUCGUUUUCAGUUCCGUUUCCUCUGUUUUAACUUUUGGUUUCCGGUUUUGCGUACCUGAUGGCAACAACAACAAUUGAUUUUAUGUUUUUCCAGUUAUUUUUGGUGCUGAAACAGUAAUAAACACAUCAUGAAUGCUGAUCAAAUUAAAAAGUUUAAUGAUGAAGGAGUUUUGGUCAUUCCAGACUUUCUGUCUGCAGCUACAAUUGAGGAAUUACGAGAUGAGUGUUCCAAGAUUUUAGACAAAAUUGACGACUCUAAGCAUGUCUCUGUCUUUGAUACUGAUAAAAAGCGAACUGAUGAUUACUUUUUAACAAGUGGUGACAAGAUUCGUUUCUUCUAUGAAAAAGGAGGAUUAAAAGAUGAUGGAAAAUUAAAAGCAAUUCCUCGAUUGUCAGUCAAUAAAAUAGGUCAUGCUUUACACCUGCUCAAUCCUGCUUUUGAGAAAGUCACCUUCAGUAAGAAGAUUCAGGACAUUGCUCAAUCACUCAAAUACAAAGACCCAGUUAUUGCUCAAAGCAUGUACAUCUUUAAGCAACCUCAUUUUGGUGAUGCUGUGAAUGCACAUCAAGACAGCACAUACCUGUAUACAGAACCAAUGAGUCUUUUAGGUUUCUGGUUUCCUUUACAAAAUGCCACUCGGGAAAAUGGAUGUUUGGCAUACAUACCUGGAUCACAUAAAAGUGGCCUUCACAAUGACCAAAGGAUGGUGCUGAACCCUGACACUGAACAUGGAACUAUCAUGGUUGGAACUCCCCCCACUUAUGAAGACAAAGAUUUCAAAGAUAUUGAAGUAGAAAAAGGUUCACUUGUUCUUAUACAUGGACUGGUUGUUCACAGAAGUGAGAAGAAUGUCUCUUCAGAAUCUAGGCAUGCUUACACAUUCCACAUGUACGACAAAGGCAAAAGUGAAUACUGCUCCAAAAACUGGUUACAGCCAACUGCUGACUAUUCCUUUGAACAUCUCUACAGACAAGAUACCAGUCCUUAAUUGAAAAAAAUUAUUCUUGAAAAAAUUACAUUUUUGUAAGAAAUAGUAGUACACUAUAUAGUUUUAUUUUAAAGAAUCUAAACUCAUUAAAAUUAAAUAAAUUCAUUAUGAUGUAAAAGUUUAAAUUACUACAUCAUUCAGUUAAAUAUUAUGUGUAACUUAUGAAAUCAUAUAAUUUUAUAAAACAAAUGGUGAUUUGUAGAAGCUGAGAUGUGUAAGAACUUGACAAUAAUCUUUAAAUUUAAUUUUUAUAAGAAAGGAAUCUAACAUUAUUGCCAUACUGACAUAGUCUUGAAUCUUUGUCACUAUAGUAAAACAGACGAACUUAAAACGCUGUACAAGGAUUAAUUAAAAUUAAUCUCUGUAUCAUUUGUUGAUUGUUUAUCCUCUGUUUAGAAUUUCAUUAAUCAUAAAAUGUGAUUUCCAAAA